GUCACAUAUAUCCUAGGGAAGCGCCCAUGCCGGCGCUUCGUCGGUAUCACUGGGUUGCUCUUCCUCUUCUCUUCCUGCCUAGGGAAUUCGAGUUUUUUUUUGCCGGCGGUACCUAGAGAGCCGCCCCUAGCCUUUGCUCGUGCCGCAGACGAGUAAACUAACAUUGUUGUGACUGCCCCUCUGCUUUUCACUUCCCAGCUUUGAAGGCUCCAAAGUCGGCAUCAGCUCACUUCCGCUCUGAAUCUGCGAUACACACAUUCCUCUACGGAGUGUAUGGAAUUGCAUUUGAUACCUGUUGCAUUAAUGUAGCUGGGAUCCGCGCAUAUAAAGUUAAAGAUCGGCUAAAUGAGCGAAGACUCGGUGUUUUCGACACAGACCUUUUUCUGCGGGUAUUUCUUAUCUUCAAAAUCUACGCUAUUCUGCGUAGCAUUCAUUCUCUUUCUUCAAGAAAGGUCUAUCUAUUUUUCCGCCACCCGGAUUUCCGCGGUAUCGAUGGAAUUCUUGUCUUCCAGUAUCUUCGUAUCUCUCCGUCAUGUUCAAUAUUUUAUGCCAGCUUUCGCGCACGGUCAAUGUUAACCAUCU